AUGUGGGGCCAGCGAAGUCUGCUACUGGGCCCAGCUCGCCUCUGCCUGCGUCUCCUUUUGCUCUUGGGCUACCGGCGUCGAUGCCCACCUCUUCUCCGGGGCCUGGUACAGCGCUGGCGUUAUGGCAAGGUUUGCCUGCGCUCCCUGCUCUACAAUUCCUUUGGGGGCAGUGACACUGCUGUUGAUGCUGCCUUUGAGCCUAUCUACUGGCUGGUGGACAAUGUGAUCCACUGGUUCGGAGUGGUGUUUGUGGUACUGGUGAUCGUGCUGACUGGGUCCAUCGUGGCCAUUGCUUAUCUGUGUGUCCUGCCCCUCAUCCUCCGAACCUACUCAGUACCACGGCUCUGCUGGCAUUUCUUCUAUAGUCACUGGAAUCUGAUCCUCAUCGUCUUCCAUUACUACCAGGCCAUCACCACUCCUCCUGGAUACCCACCCCAGGGCAGGAAUGACAUUGCUACUGUCUCCAUCUGUAAGAAGUGCAUUUACCCGAAGCCAGCCCGAACACACCACUGCAGCAUCUGUAAUAGCUGCGGAAGUUGGGACCUUUUCCGGGAGGCUUAUGCUGCCGUCGAGAUGUACCACCAGACUCCACCACCUACCUUCUCCUUUCGAGAAAGGAUAACUCACAAGAGUCUUGUCUACCUCUGGUUCCUGUGCAGUUCUGUGGCCCUGGCCCUAUGUGCCCUAACCAUGUGGCAUGCUGUUCUCAUCAGUCGGGGUGAGACUAGCAUCGAAAGGCAUAUCAACAAGAAGGAGAGACGCCGGUUACACUCCAAGGGCAGGGUAUUUAGGAAUCCUUACAACUACGGCUGCUUGGACAACUGGAAGGUGUUCCUAGGUGUGGACACAGGAAGGCAUUGGCUGACCCGGGUGCUGUUACCUUCUAGUCACCUACCCCAUGGGAACGGGAUGAGCUGGGACCCUCCUCCCUGGGUGACUGCUCACUCAGCCUCUGUGAUGGCCGUGUAAGCCACAACA